AUGGUGGUGAUUCAGCUACCUGGUGUUGGAUCCUAUGGUCAGUCUCCUUUCCUUGUCUACACGGUGGUGAUUCAGCUACCUGGUGUUGGAUCCUAUGGUCAGUCUCCUUUCCUUGUCUACAUGGUGGUGAUUCAGCUAUCUGGUGUUGGAUCCUAUGGUCAGUCUCCUUUCCUGGUCUACAUGGUGGUGAUUCAGCUACCUGGUGUUGGAUCCUAUGGUCAGUCUCCUUUCCUUGUCUACAUGGUGGUGAUUCAGCUACCUGGUGUUGGAUCCUAUGGUCUCCUUUCCUGGUCUACAUGGUGGUGAUUCAGCUACCUGGUGUUGGAUCCUAUGGUCAGUCUCCUUUCCUUGUCUACAUGGUGGUGAUUCAGCUACCUGGUGUUGGAUCCUAUGGUCAGUCUCCUUUCCUUGUCUACAUGGUGGUGAUUCAGCUACCUGGUGUUGGAUCCUAUGGUCAGUCUCCUUUCCUUGUCAAGUUCCUAAUAAAAGAGGAUUUCAUCCACAAGGGAUUAACAAUCUUCUUGGUUAAAUAACGGUUAGAUAGGUGGAUUUAAAUCUCUCUCUUUCUAUUGCUUACACAUCGGCAUAUAAUGCUUAUACAGUCAGCUAAUCCGACUCAAGAUAUAAUGCUUGUGUCACAUCAUACAGCCUGUUCUCCUCUGAAACAGUCAGCCAGCUGGUCCUACAGUACAGGUAUAGGAUCUUAAUUUGAUAACUUUUGUUGCUGCGAAAUGAAGAUGAUCUUCAUGAUUUAUAUAAAUUCACUGAAAACGCUCACUAACACAUCGUUAUAUUAACAGUAUUUCAGUUUUCAUGUGCCUAAUUUUGGCCAGCUAAUAGCCUAACCACCGAUCAAGCAACAUUUUGGAAUAAGCGAUUAAAUCCUGCUGCUGCAGGAUUAUUUUUGCUGCGACAAUACUGGUCAAAUUAAGAUCCGACAUCUGUAUCUGGAGUAGCAUAGGCCCUGAGCUCCCUAUGAACCCUGGGUAAAACUCACUGGGGUGACUAAUAAGGAAGUAAAGAGAGAGAUGUAUAGCAGCUAUUUUGAAGAACUUGCAGUGAUUGUGAUAGCCUAUGUGGUUGUUCAUCUAGUUGAAUGUACUGAUUUAUUAGUGGCUCUGAAUAAGAGUGUCUGCUAAAUGAUUAGAUUAUGUAAAUGUAUAGUAUAGAUAUUAUGGUGUUUAUAUAUUAUUUUCCUCUAUGGUUGCAAAUGCAGCAUACGAAAAGGAUUAAACAUACUGUAAUUCAAUCUAAGGGAAUGUUAUCUUCUUUAAUGGUAUAAUGGAGGUUGUGUGUCAUUCUGUGAUGACGAAUCACGACAACCAAUGUCAAAAAUCCCUCAAUGUCUGUUUUGGUUUUGGUUUUAUUCAUAGUAGGUUUGUUUUGCUUGUUGUUUUUUCCCUCUGUGCUAUGGGAGUGGAGCACUUGGAUCCUGUCAUCCCACCCCCAGCAUCUGUUAUUGUUGUAAAUUAUAACCAGGGAAGAAUCAUCUCCCUCUCUGUGUCUCAUAAUCCUUUUAAAAGGAAAUCUGGCAAAUAAAUAGACGUAACUGAUGCUAGUGGGGUGAUAUCCUAGAUCUCUGCUGAGGCCCUGGAAUGCAGUCAGUGACGAUUCCCUAUUGUUUUCAGAGGUUUUGCGGGUUCUAGUUCUAUAAAUAUUAUUACUAGAACUGAUAUUCCCAUUCAUGUUGAUGUUCUGUGAUAGGUGAUAAUUAUAUUUCUAUGGAGCUCAACUCACUUUGUUGGUUUAACAAUAUCCGAUGCAGAUGGUUGAUAAUCGGCAUUGGAAAUGUGUCAGUCUAAUCAACAGAGACAAAAUAUUUUAUUUUUACCAAGCGAGAGGAGGGGGUGCCGAGGUAGUGCUGCAGAAGCCAUAUGUGGUGGUUGUGUUUUGGUGCCAAGCAUUGGAGCCCUGCCAUGUUUGUUUGGUUACACUGUGAAUGGCUGUACAAAAUAUUAGGAGCACCUGAUCUUUCCUUGACAGACUGACCAGGUGAAUCCAGGUGAAAGCUAUGAUCCCUUAUUGAUGUCACUUGUUAAAUCCAUUUCAAUCAGUGUAGAUGAAGGGGAGGAGACAGGUUAAAAAAUUAUUUUUAAGCUUUGAGACAAUUGAGACCUGGAUUGUGUAUGUUUAUUGUGCCAAGUAUGAGAGUCAAAAGUUUGGACACACAUUUUCUACAUUGUACAAUAAUAGUGAAGACAUCAAAACUAUGAAAUAACACAUAUGGAAUCAUGUAGUUACCAAAAAAGUAAAUAUAAAAAAAUAAACAAAUCAAAAUAUAUUUUAUAUUUGAGAAUCUUCAAAGUAGCCACCCUUUGCCAAGAGUUUAAAAACAACGUGCCUUUUGUUUUGCCUGUAUUAAGCACACGUUUUAAUCAGCAAGGGAGUCCUGCAUAGCUAUAAAAAAUGUUUUUUACAGAUUGACCAAUGGUGUUUACAGUUGAAGUCGGAAGUUUACAUACUCUUAGGUUGGAGUCAUUAAAACUUGUUUUUCAACCAUUUUCUGCAUGACACAAGUAAUUUUUCCAACAAUUGUUUACAGACAGAUUAUUUCACUUAUAAUUCACUGUAUCACAAUUCCAGUGGGUCAGAAGUUUACAUACACUAAGUUGACUGUGCCUUUAAACAGCUUGGAAAAUUCCAGAAAAUGAUGUCAUGGCUUUAGAAGCUUCUGAUAGGCUAAUUGACAUCAUUUGAGUCAAUUGGAGGUGUACCUGUGGAUGUAUUUCAAGGCUUAAAGAUUAAAUGCAUCAGUGAUGACAUAUUUUACCAUAAUUAGUCCAGUGUCUGAAUAAUUUGCUGUGGCAGAGAGGAGGAAGUAGAACCCUUCAGGGAUUUGACAGUUUUACAGAAUUUAGCCUGGUUCCCAUUACAAUCUGAAAGAGCGGUUUCAUAAUAAUCAGAUUUUCAGAUUUUUAUGUGUGCCAUUCAGAGGGUGAAUGGUCAAGACAAAAUACUUAAGUGCCUUUGAACAGGGUAUGGUAGUAAGUGCCAGGCACACCGGUUUGAAUGUGUCAAGAACUGCAACGCUGAUGGGUUUUUCACACGUAACAAUUUCCCAUGUGUAUCAAGAAUGGUCCACCACCCAAAGGACAUCCAGGCAACUUGACACAACUGUGUGACGCAUUGGAGUCACCAUGGGCCAGCAUCCCUGUGGAACGCUUUUGACACCUUGUAGAGUCCAUGCCCCAACGAAUUAAGGCUGUUCUGUAAAUUCAGUGUUUUUGUUUCAUUGCAUAGAAUAUUGAUAGUUCUUAAGUUUACUGUAGAUAAUUCAACUCCACAGCCGUUUCUGAAGCCGUUGUGCUCAACUUACAUCCACAGACAUGAAAGUAAUUGAAUAUCAAAGUCCAAUCAUCCAACAGGGUCUCUCCAAACAUACCCUAGUCUCCGUCUGUCCAUCUGUGACCCUCAAUGAGGUCGAGGCUUUUCUUUCUGCUUGAUUGAGAUUCAUACUGUGUGUGUGUGUGUGUGCGAGCGCUCUUUCUGCUUGAUUGCCAUCGACUUAGUGUCCAGGAGAUGUGCAGCAUUUAUCCCACAGGGGAUCAAUACUUCAAUGGGAUGGCGUCUGGGUCACUGUGGAGAGAUGGACACUCUAUCAAUCAGCUCAGAGGAGAUGGCACGGCUGGGGUCACACACUCACAGACGCGCGCACACACAGAGGCAUGGACGGAGGCACUCACACAGGCACACACACACACGAUAGAGUUGAGCGCGCUGCAGGCAGCGUUCGAGCGCUCACAUACAUACACACACUGAUUUGAUUUGGCCCAUUGAUCUGUGAUGGCCUGUCUGCCAUUUCCAUGGCCUCAUUUACUGUAAUAGUGCAGUUACUGAAAGAGCUUCUGAAGUGCUGUGGAUCUGAUUGAUGGAAAGAUGAGACACAGUCAUGCAUUAGCCUUAAUGAGAUGAAUAACAUUGGCUAUAUGUCAUUUUACUCUGUGUGAAGUUAAAUGAAGUUAACUUCCAUAUUAGUUUCAUUCAGUUAACCUAUUCUCCGAGCAUCAGAAUGCAGACUUGCUCUCCAGUAUACAGCUCUUCUUUAUAUUCUUCUUCAACACCUCUGCGUCAAUGUUCUUCUGUUUGCCUGAACCACUCUCCCAAGCCAAACAGCUUCCAUUUAAACUCCAAGGCCAACUUCCUCCAUUUUCUCCAGUCACAAAGGAUGCUGACUGAGGCAACAGCGGUGCUCUGUCUUGCUCUGGUGAAUGCCAGUGUGACAUGUGUUUAUGAAAAACGAGACAGAGCAGAGAAAACGUACUCUACUCUUCCGUGCUUAUAGACCUCUCUCCCUGGGCUAGCAUAGCAUGCCAGUCAGCCUUGUCAAUCAAACUGACUGUCCACAGGGUCUCCACGCUGGUAUCACAGGGGCAUUGACCCACGCAAUUGGAGGUUAGGCAUCAAACCCGGCCAAGCCGAGCCAAUCAGGAUGCAGAAUCAGCAGCACUUCCUGUUUAUUAUUUGGUUUCUUCCUGUGUGUCCUGUUUAUGUGUGUGUGAGCAGGCAGUGGGGCUACUUCAGCUUGGUGACUACAGUACAGUAUGUGGGUGUUAUCCUCUAUGGGGCUUACACGCUAGCUCCAAGCUGCCUGCCUGCACCCCUUGGCCUGUUGCGAUUGCAAACGUACAUACAACAUGCACAGACUAUACAUUAAGUGUACAAAACAUUAAGGACACCUUCCUAGUAUUGAGUUGCUACUGAAUGGCAUACAUACACAAUCUAUGUCUCAAUUGUCUCAAGGCUUAAAAUUCCUUCUUUAACCUGUCUCCUCCCCUUCAUCUACACUGAUUGAAGUGGAUUUAACAAGUGACAUCAAUAAGGGAUCAUAGCUUUCACCUGGAUUCACCUGGUCAGUCUAUGUCAUGGAAAGAGCAGGUGUUCUUAUUGUUUUGUGUACUCUGUGUACUUGUUAGGACUUUUUGGGGACCAACAAUUGAUUCCCAUUCAAAAUCCUAUUUUCCCUAACCCUAAACCUAAACCUAAAUCACCCCUAACCCUAAUUCUAACCCUAAUUCUAAACCUAACCCUAAAAUAGCAUUUUUACAAGUGAGGACCGACAAAAUGUCCUCACUUCUCUGAAUUUUAGUUGGUUUACUAUUCUUGUGAGUACUUCUGGUACUCACAAGUAUAGUAAAACGUGUACGUGCACACGCACACAUAUACAUUUACAUUUAUAUUUUAGUCAUUUAGCAGACGCUCUUAUCCAGAGCGACUUACAGUUAGUGAGUGCAUACAUGUUUUUUGUUUUGUUUAUUUUUUUGUCAUACUGGCCCCCCGUGGGAAACGAACCCACAUCCCUGCCGGCCAAACCCUCCCCUACCUUGGACGACGCUGGACCAAUUGUGCGCCGCCCAUGGGAUCCAUACUGUGUGUGUAUAUACUCACACACACACACACACACACACACACACACACACACACACACACACAUCAGUACACUGAGGUUGUGUCUACAUUUGACACUUACAUGCAAUUUCUGCUAUCAGAAUACGAAGAUCGCAUUGAAAAGACGGGUCUAGAUGCACAAAAGUCGCUUUGUGGUCUGAUUGUGUUCAGAUCUGCCUGACCACUUCAGGAGGUGGUCUGGGACGCAUUGUGUGCAGAUUUCUCCUCCGUCUGGACGCAAUCAGGCUACUGAAAGCGCAUACAGUGGGCGACUUCAUCAGCACUCCUCCCACAAGUCUCCAGAAAACUUGUGUUUUGGGACCGAGCGACACCUUUUCAUUAUAACGUUGGAGGAAAUACGUUCCUAGCGUGUGAGGAACGUGUUUGUUGGCCUCAUAAAUGCUAGCCAGCUAGCUAAUAUUUAGAAAAACAAUGUUUUGUUUGGCUAGAGUUAUGCUAACCCGUUUGCAAUGCCUUUAGCAUUGCUUGCUAGCUUGAUGGCUAGCUACAGUAGUUAGCUACUGCCAUCAGUUGUUGUUGUGUUAUUAUCAUAUUUUGCCUAUUCCACCAUUUGUAGAAUGCAUUCUGUAAUUUGAAUCCGGACACAAAAGACACAUUUAAAUGUAGGUGUAUAUGCAUGACGCGUUUGGAAUUCCAUGAUCAGAAUACUAAAGCUGCAUGAACUGUCAAGUCUAGACACGGCCUGACACACACACACACACACACACACACACACACACACACACACAUCUCUACUGCAUGCCUCCUCUCCGUCAGAGACCUAGACAGGAAAGAGAAGGAACGGUGGAACAGAAAGAGUCAGAGAAGAGGAUGAAAGGAAAGGAAGCCAUUUGAUAUUAUCAGGACCCAGCAGAGAGUGAUUGAGAGCAUAAGGAGUUGUUUGUGGGUGUUUUGCUGUAGGGCGGUAUCAUGUGGUGUAGAGGUUAUGGCAGUGACUCAUUGGACUAGAGAAGUGCAUUAAGGGCCAUGUGGUGUUUGGCCCUGAAAAACCAGCUGGCCAUGGAAUUCAUUCAUAGAAUUAUUGCAGUGUAUUCCUCAAGAGACUACGGAGACCUAGUGCGAGAAAUGAAUAGCGGUAUCUAUACGGUACAGAUAUCAGUGAGGCAGGCUGUGUCCCAAAAAGCACCCUAUUCCCUAUAUGGUGCACUACUUCUGACCAGGGCUUGGGUCAAAAAUACUACACUAUGAAAUGGAUAGGGUGCCAUUUGGGACACAGUCAUAGUUCACCUAAUGGGCAAUGACAUUUUAUGUAAUAAAAUAAAAUGGGCAAUUUUCUCGCUCGUCCGAUUCAAAGGGUCACGUAUCCCUGAAAUUAGCCGAAAUCCAAAGACAAAAAAUGUGAAUGUGGAAUUAAAUAAUGAUGUACAGAAGUUUAUUUCUGUCCGUUCGGUCCAUGUACAAUUAUGUUUGUUUUACAAAACUGGUUUAAAUAAACUAUUCCUCCAUUGUCCACCCCAAGGCCUGCACUGACAGCUUGUCACAAUGAAUGCCCUGUGAGUGGCAAGGUGCUGUCAAGGUCCAGAACACAUACACACAGAUGGACAUACACACACACAGACGGGCACACACCAACCUGUUCUCAGAGCAUUUUGUAUUAUUCUGUAAGUAAAUCCGGGACACUCCAUUUAGUACGAAAACGCUAAACGUACAAUAUGUUACGAAUUUGCAAAACCUGUGAUAUGUUGCGAAUUCUGACUAUGUGGCUAACAUUAGCUAGCUGGCUAACAUUAGCUAGGCUAGGGGUUAGAGUUAAGGUUAGGGUUAAGUUUAGGAGUUAGGUUAAUGUUAGGGUUAGGGGAAGGGUUAGCUAACAUGCUAAGUAGUUGCAAAGUAACUAAAAAGUAGUAAGUAGUUGAAAAGUUGCUAAUUAGCUCAAAUGCUAAAGUUGUCCGUGAUGAGAUUUGAACUCGCAACCUUUGGGUUGCUAGACGUUCGCGUUAUACACCCACUCAUCCACCCCGACCAACCACCUGACUUUCAUUUUUGCCUUAAGUAACCAUCUGUUUUAUGUAACCAUACCAAACGUAACAUAGCAUACUAAUUUGAGUGUUCCAGAUUUACUUUACUAUGUUACGUCUAGUCUAUGAGACCAGGCUGCACACACUUCCCCGUCCUCCUCUUCAGUGAGUCUCUAGAGGUGCUGGAGCCUCUGGUCAGGUCACUGCCUCUAUACUGACAGCUCUGUCAGCCUGCAGGGCUCAGGAAAGUGUGUGUGUGUGUGUGUGUUAGAGGAGGCUGGUGGGAGGAGCUAUAGGAGGACGGGCUCAUUGUAAUGGCUGGAAUGGAAUAAAUGGAACGGUCUCCAACCUGUGGAAACCACAUAUUUGACCCUGUUCCAUUUAUCCCAUUCCAGCCAUUACAAUGAGUCCAUCCUCCUACAGCUCCUCCCACCUGCCUCCUCUGGUGUGUAUGUGUGGUUAUACAGUAUAUGUGCAGUGUCUUUACACCUGUGUGUGUGUGUGUGUGUGGGGGGGGGGGGGGUAUGCCUGCCUCUGCCUCUCAGGGUGUGUGGGUGUGGGUGUGUAUGCCUGCCUCUGUGUGUUUGCUGAUUGUGGAUUCUAACUCUGCGCUGCUCUCCCGGGGCCGGUGCACAAACAGACAGAGGCUCAGAGAGCGCUCCCUCUCUGUCUUUCAGGAGAGACAGCCACUGUUCAUAUUUGUUUUGAAGCGUCAGCUGCAGCAGAGGCCUCACACACCUCCUCUCCUCCUCUCUCUUUCAAAUCCCUCUGCUUUGAGACUCUCUCUUUUCAAAGAGAGCAGAGUGACUUUGUUCAAAGAGCUUCAAGUACAUUGCUGUGUGACUGUUAGCAGAGGCAUUAUGCCCAUAGGGGGCACAGGGGCCCCCUCAGAUUUGUCCUGUUUAAAUAAAUAAAAAAUAUACACAAAUAAUGUUUGUAAAAACAUUUUUGUUGUUGUUUCUCUGUAAUACUACUGGCCACCUAGCAAUUUUAUGAAGUUGGCUUUAGCUAGCCCAGAUAGGUUCCCAAUCUCCCAACCUCAUAAAUAGCUACCAAGAAGCUAUUUCAGGCUGUCAAUCAAGUUAGAGUAGCUAGCUUGUCUAGCUAUCUUAGCUGUCCUGCCUGCUGGCAAGGCUGGUAGACUUUAGAAUAGCAAGCAAUUACUAAAUGUACUGAAUAAGACUUACAUUCCUUUCAAUAUUUUACCCACAUUUUAGCAGAGAUUUAGAGAAGCAUAUUUAGUUUCUUUAAAAAAAAGAACCACCAGUCAGGAGGAUACAGACAGCUCAAGAGGUAUGCUUAGAUAUCUUUAUCUACUUCCCCAGUCAGAUGAACUCGUAGAUACCAUUUUUGUGUCUUUUCGUGCAGUUUGAUGGAAGUUGCUAACUAGCGUUAGCGCAAUUGCUAACUAGUGUUAGCGCAAUGACGAAGUCGAUGGUAACUGCUAUCAUGCUAGUAGAUACCAUAGACUUCCAGUCAUUGUGCUAAUGCUAGUUAGCAUUGGCUUGCAAAACUAUCUCUAACUUCCUUCAUACUGGAAACAGAGACAUAAAAAUGGUAUCCAUGAGUUCAUCUGACUCUAGGGAAGUAGAUAAAGAUAUCUAAGCAUACAUCUUGAGCUGACUUAUUGCCAAAAAAAAACAAGUAUCCCUUUAAGCAUAAUGAUUAUGGCUCUAAAUUGCAGGAAAACGCUGUUUUCAGGAUGUUUUUCUUUGCGAAAUUCACCAACUCACAGACUGGGGGGCCUCGUCCACCUCCAGACCACCCACCAGCCAUCCAAUGUACUUUGUGCCCCCUCAGAUUUUUGGGGUGCAUGACGCCCUUGUCUGUUAGGGUACAGUAAACAAAUACUACAGUAGGGAAGGCAUUUCUUCAAAGUUGUGUGGGUCGUUGCAUUGUAUUGUGUGGGUCGUUGCAUUGCUUCCUAAUUGACCUGGCCCAGGUAUCCUGGAUGGAUAUAGAUCUCAUUCCGUCAGUAGAGGAUGCCUGGUUGUUCUUUAAAAGUAAUUUCCUCUCAAUCUUAAAUAAACAUGCCCCAUUCAAAAAAUACAGAACUAAGAACAGAUAUAGCCCCUGGUUCUCCUCAGACUUGACUGCCCUUGACCAGCACAAAAACAUCCUGUGGCGUACUGCAUUAGCAUCAAAAAGCCCCCGCGAUAUGCAACUUUUCAGGGAAGUUAGGAACCAAUAUACACAAGCAGUCAGGAAAGCAAAGGCUAACUUUUUAAAACAGAAAUUUGCAUCCUGUAGCACUAACUCCAAAAAGUUUUGGGACACUGUAAAGUCCAUGGAGAAUAAGAGCACUUCCUCCCAGCUGCCCACUGCACUGAGGCUAGGAAACACUAUCACCACCGAUAAAUCUACAAUAAUCGAGAAUUUCAACAAGCAUUUUGCUACGGCUGGCCAUGCUUUCCACCUGGCUACCACUACCCCGGCCACCAACUCUGCACCCUCUGCUGCAACUUGCCCAUGCCCCCCCCCGCUUCUCCUUCACACAAAUUCAGACAGCUGAUGUUCUGAAAGAGCUGCAAAAUCUGGACCCCUACAAAUCAGCUGGGCUAGACAAUCUGGACCCUUUCUUUCUAAAACUAGCCGCAGAAAUUGUCGCAACCCCUAUUACUAGCCUGUUCAACCUCUCUUUCGUAACGUCUGAGAUCCCCAGAGAUUGGAAAGCUGCCGCGGUCAUCCCCCUCUUCAAAGGGGGUGACACUCUAGAUCCAAACUGUUACACACCUAUAUCCAUCCUGCCCUGCCUUUUGAAAGUAUUUGAAAGCCAAGUUAACAAACAGAUCACCAACCAUUUCGAAUCCCACCGUACCUUCUCCGCUAUGCAAUCCGGUUUCCGAGCUGGUCAUGGGUGCACUUCAGCCACGCUCAAGGUCCUAAACGAUAUUAUAACCGCGAUCGAUAAUAGACAGUACUGUGCAGCCGUCUUCAUCGACCUGGCCAAGGCUUUCGACUCUGUCAACCACCGCAUUCUUAUUGGCAGACUAAAUAGCCUUGGUUUCUCAAAUGACUGCCUCGCCUGGUUCACCAACUAGUUCUCAGAUAGAGUUCAAUGUGUGAAAUCGGAGGGCCUGUUGUCUGGACCUAUGGCAGUCUCUAUGGGGGUGCCACAGGGUUCAAUUCUUGGGCCGACUCUUUUCUCCGUGUAUAUCAAUGAUGUUGCUCUUGCUGCUGGUGACUCUCAGAUCCACCUCUACGCAGAUGACACCAUUUUGUAUACAUCUGGCCCUUCAUUGGACACUGUGUUAACAAACCUCCAAACGAGCUUCAAUGCCAUACAACACUCCUUCAGUAGCCUCCAACUGCUCUUAAACACUAGUAAAACUAAAUGCAUGCUCUUCAAUCGAACGCUGCUGGCACCCGCCCACCCGACUAGAAUCACCACUCUCGACGGGUCUGACCUAGAGUAUGUGGACAACUACAAAUACCUAGGUGUCUGGUUAGACUGUAAACUCUCCUUCCAGACUCCCAUUAAGAAUCUCCAAUCCAAAGUUAAAUCUAGAAUCGGCUUCCUAUUUCGCAACAAAGCCUCCUUCACUCAUGCUGCCAAACAUGCCCUCGUAAAACUGACUAUCCUACCGAUCCUUGACUUCGGCGAUGUCAUUUACAAAAUAGCCUCCAACACUCUACUCAGCAAAUUGUGUAAUAGGAUUCCACCUUCCUCCUAUAUUGUCCUUUUGCAUGUUUGAUGUCUUGUCAGAGGUCAUAGUGGGUUUUCUUGUAUGUGGCCGUGUCCUGUUCCUUGUAAGCGGUAGCUCUAGCCUUUAGCCCAGCGUGGAUAUUGCUGGUAAUCCAUGGUUUUUGGUUUGGAUACAUUCUUAUAGUCACUGUGGGGACAACAUUGUCUAUGCACGUGACGGAUGUGGUAAUCUCCUCAAUGCUAUCGGAUGAAUACCGGAACAUAUCCCAGUCUGUAUGCUAGAAAAACAGUCUUGUAUCCUUGCGUCUGCUUCAUCGGACCACUUCCGUAUUGAGUGCGGCACUGGUAACCUAUGAACUGAGGCUAUGAUGUGUGUGCGUGCCUGUGUGUGUGUGUGUGUGUGUGUGUGUGUGUGUGUGUGUGUGCGUGCCUGCGUGUGUGGGUGAUGUUGGGGAGAUCUGACAAACGUCAAAGCAUCAAAGGCAGAGAGCAUGACUUGCAUUUUCACCUGAGGCCCAUACACUGGGCUUUGAUGACCAAGAUAACCACAGCUGCAUGGACCAACUACAUGGAGAGUGAUUUAAACUCCUCCACAGCACAGGCAUAUGCAUAUUAUAUAUUUUGCUAGAAUUGAGAUUUUCUGAGAAGCCACAUGUACAGUUUGUGUUUCCAUGUAUGUGGUAUGUAAGGGGAGGAAUGCUGAUGCUUGUAAAAUAUGGUCUACAGAGAAACGUAAUAGUCCCUAAAGGAGUAUCGUUCAUCUUUCCUAUACAUAUUUUUCACUGUUAAUUUCCAAGUAUUGUAUUCAUGCAGACUUUCAGACAAAACAAAGAAAACAUAGGCACGUGUCUCAAUCUCUCUCCGCUCUUCUCCUUCUCCCUCCUCCCACAGGGAAGUUCACAUGCAUCGAGGUGCGUUUCCACCUGGAGAGACAGAUGGGUUACUAUCUGAUCCAGAUGUACAUCCCCUCUCUCCUCAUCGUCAUACUCUCCUGGGUCUCCUUCUGGAUCAAUAUGGACGCCGCGCCCGCUAGGGUGGCACUGGGCAUCACCACUGUGCUCACCAUGACCACCCAGAGCUCCGGUUCUAGAACGUCUCUACCUAAGGUGAGUCGGGUGCAGGGUGUGUGAGUGUGUGAGUGGGGGUGUUGGUGUGUGUGGGUUGGCAAGAGAGUGUGUUGAGUGCAUCACCACUGUGCUUACCCAAAAAGGCGUCCCUUCAUCAGGACUGACUGUCCGUUGUUGAUUUAUGGUCUAGAUACAGGGUGACUGUUUCUGUUUGCUUAACGGAGCCUUGCGGUGGGCCUGUGUAUAUGUUACAAGAUUGAAUGUGGUGCAUAGUUUAUUCACCUAAAUUAUCUCAAAUAGACCGUAUCAAAUCAAAUCAAAUCAAAUUUUAUUGGUCACAUGCGCCGAAUACAACAGGUGCAGACAUUACAGUGAAAUGGUUACUUACAGCCCUUAACCAACAGUGCAUUUAUUUUAAACAAAAAAAAUAAAAAUAAGUAAGAAUAAAACAACAACAAAAAAAGUGUUGAGAAAAAAAGAGCAGAAGUAAAAUAAAGUGACAGUAGGGAGGCUAUAUAUACAGUAAAAUAAAGUGACAGUAGGGAGGCUAUAUAUACAGGGGGGUACCGUUGCAGAGUCAAUGUGCGGGGGAACCGGCUAGUUGAGGUAGUUGAGGUAAUAUGUACAUGUGGGUAGAGUUAACGUGACUAUGCAUAAAUACUUAACAGAGUAGCAGCAGCGUAAAAAGGAUGGGGUGGGGGGGCAGUGCAAAUAGUCCGGGUAGCCAUGAUUAGCUGUUCAGGAGUCUUAUGGCUUGGGGGUAGAAGCUGUUGAGAAGUCUUUUGGACCUAGACUUGGCACUCCGGUACCGCUUGCCGUGCGGUAGCAGAGAGAACAGUCUAUGACUAGGGUGGCUGGAGUCUUUGACAAUUUUGAGGGCCUUCCUCUGACACCGCCUGGUAUAGAGGUCCUGGAUGGCAGGGAGCUUUGCCCCAGUGAUGCACUGGGCCGUACGCACUACCCUCUGUAGUGCCUUGCGGUCAGAGGCCAAGCAGUUGCCAUACCAGGCGGUGAUGCAACCAGUCAGGAUGCUCUCGAUGGUGCAGCUGUAGAAUUUUUUGAGGAUCUGAGGACCCAUGCCAAAUCUUUUUAGUCUCCUGAGGGGGAAUAGGCUUUGUCGUGCCCUCUUCACGACUGUCUUGGUGUGUUUGGACCAUGAUAGUUCGUUGGUGAUGUGGACACCAAGGAACUUGAAGCUCUCAACCUGUUCCACUACAGCCCCGUCGAUGAGAAUGGGGGCGUGCUCAGUCCUCUUUUUUUUCCUGUAGUCCACAAUCAUCUCCUUUGUCUUGGUCACGUUGAGGGAGAGGUUGUUGUCCUGGCACCACACGGCCAGAUCUCUGACCUCCUCCCUAUAGGCUGUCUCAUCGUUGUCGGUGAUCAGGCCUACCACUGUUGUGUCGUCGGCAAACUUAAUGAUGGUGUUGGAGUCGUGCCUGGCCAUGCAGUCAUGGGUGAACAGAGAGUACAGGAGGGGACUGAGCACGCACCCCUGAGGGGCCCCCGUGUUGAGGAUCAGUGUGGCAGAUGUGUUGUUACCUACCCUUACCACCUGGGGGCGGCCCGUCAGGAAGUCCAGGAUCCAGUUGCAGAGGGAGGUGUUUAGUCCCAGGAUCCUUAGCUUAGUGAUGAGCUUAGAGGGCACUAUGGUGUUGAAUGCUGAGCUGUAGUCAAUGAAUAGCAUUCUCACGUAGGUGUUCCUCUUGUCCAGGUGGGAAAGGGCAGUGUGGAGUGCGAUAGAGAUUGCAUCAUCUGUGGAUCUGUUGGGGCGGUAUGCAAAUUGGAGUGGGUCUAGGGUUUCUGGGAUUAUGCUGUUGAUGUGAGCCAUGACCAGUCUUUCAAAGCACUUCAUGGCUACAGACGUCAGUGCUACGGGUCGGUAGUCAUUUAGGCAGGUUAUCUUAGAGUUCUUGGGCACGGGGACUAUGGUGGUCUGCUUGAAACAUGUUGGUAUUACAGACUCAGUCAGGGACAUGUUGAAAAUGUCAGUGAAGACACUUGCCAGUUGGUCAGCACAUGCUCGGAGUACACGUCCUGGUAAUCCGUCUGGCCCUGCGGCCUUGUGAAUGUUGACCUGCUUAAAAGUCUUACUCACAUCGGCUACGGAGAGCGUGAUCAUAUAGUCGUCCGGAACAGCUGGUGCUCUCAUGCAUGCAUAAAGAGAUACCUAAGAGAGAUAUCCAUUAACAGACAUUAUAUAUAAGUGAUGUUCUGAGAUAUGUAAAUGCGCCUGCUAGUAUUCAGAGAAUUCCUGUCUAUAUGGAGCAUUUCAGUACUGUUUAAUGGACAGCAAAUCUCAUUCCAAAGGGCCUGUGUAUAUAUGUUUGGGAUUCACACCUGUAGAAGAACAAAAUACUGGCACUUACUUGUUAAAGGACAAGUUCAGUAUUUUUAGACUUACUGUAAAACCGAGGAUUACAGAUUCUCCUGGGCCAUAGACUACUUUCAAGGUAAAAUUUUAAAUCAAUCUAAAUAGAAAAAUACCUAACUUGUCCUUUUACCCUUAGGUAUUUAGUGUCUUGUAUGCAUUAAAGAAUAAUGCAGUACAUGGAAUGUUCUCUUAUGUAACUUAAUUAAGCAUUAAGCAUUCAGCAAGAAUAUGUUUUUACAAGUGAUUGCAUGUACAUUUUCUUAAAAAAUAAAACAGUAACAUCAGACAGACUAAAUAUUAAAGGUCCAAUGCAGCCGUUUUUACCUCAAUAUCAAAUAAUUUCUGGGUAACAAUUAAAAGAAAAGCUUCUUAGCAAAGAGUAAUUUCUAGAGCAAGAAUUUAGCUAGGACUAUCUGGGAGUGGUCUGAGUGGGGAGGGUACAACUGAAAACUAGCUGUUAUUGGCAGAGAGGCAUUGAAAUCUCUUUCUUAUUGGUCUAUUAACUAAUUUACCGCCUGAUGAUGUCACCAGGGAGGUCAAAACUCAAUCCAACCAAAACAGGCUUAAAUUUCAGGUGUUUUUUUCAAACAGCUCUUACACUAAAAGGGCAUUAUCAUCAUUUUCACAAUUUCACACUAUUAUUCCAACCUCAUAGUGUGGAAUUAUAUAUAAAAAACCGAAAAAUAUAGUUUUGUGCCUUUAAAACCUUACAUAUACAGUGGCAAAAAGUAUAGGCGGUAUCAAGACAAAAGUGACUAAGUACUCCAUGACACAUAUAAUGGAUAUAUACACGUAAUAUGUGUUCUCAUACACUCCCAACAUACUCCAGAUUAUGUAACAGCAUCAAAGAAUCUCUAUGAAAUUAAAACAUAAAACAAGCUGUAAACUUGGCCAGACAGUUGAAAUUCUAUGAACAACCUUGGCCUGUCUGCCAGACUAUGUCAGACUAUUCAUUCUCUCAACUCCUUUUUUCUCCAUUUGUCUGUCUGUCGGUCUGUCUCUGCUCUCUGACUGUGUGACUCUGCCUUUGUCGCUCUGGUGUUGUAGGUAUCCUAUGUGAAGGCCAUCGACAUCUGGAUGGCGGUGUGUCUGCUCUUCGUAUUCUCCGCUCUUCUCGAGUACGCCGCUGUCAACUUUGUCUCCAGGCAACACAAGGAACUCUUAAGACUCCGCCCGCGGAGAACGAAGAAGAAGGUAACGUGUACAGAACAAUCUAGAACACAUUCGUCGAAUCAGAGCAUGAACAAACAACUGCAUAUGACAAUGACUGCAUAUUGACGUUAUGGUGUUGUUCCUUUAGGAGCUCUGAGGCAGAAGUAAGUGGUUACCUAGUACUAAUGAAUAACUCAUAUCUCAAUGCUUUAGCACCUAACAAAUAAUGAAACAAGCAAUUAUAUGCUUCACAGAUGUAUCCUUCUCAGACAUACACUGAGUAUACCAAACAUUAGGAACACCUUCCCCUUUUGCCCUCAGAACAGCCUUAAUUCGUCGUGACUCUACAAGGUGCCGUAAGCGUUCCACAGGGAUUCUGGCCCAUGUUGACUCCAAUGCUUCCCACAAUUGUGUCAAGUUGGCUGGAUGUCCUUUGGGUGGUGGACCAUUCUUGAUAUGCACAGGAAACUGUUGAGUGUGAAAAACCCAGCAGCGUUGCAUUUCUUGACACAAACUGGUGCGCCUGGCACCUACUAUUAUUUGAUUUUAAUUAUUGUUUGGGGAGAGGGGGUAGAUCAGCUUUAAUGUUGCAGAUAGAUUGUAGCUUCCAUCAAUGUAAUUGCCUGCAUAAUUUCCAAUCCCCCAUAUAUAUAUUUUUUAUAUACAGUACCAGUCAAAAGUUUGGACACACCUACCCAGGGUUUUUCUCUUACUUUUACUAUAUUCUACAUUGUAGAAUAAUAGUGAAGACAUCUAAACUAUUAAAUAACACAUAUGGAAUCAUGUAGUAACCAAAAAAGUGUUAAACAAAUCAAAAUAUAUUUUAUAUUUGAGAUUCUUCAAAGUAGCUAACCUUUGCCUUGAUGACAGCUUUGCACACUCUUGGCAUUCUCUCAACCAGCUUCAUGAGGUAGUCACCUGGAAUGCAUUUCACUUAACAGGUGUGCCUUGUUAAAAGUUAAUUUGUGGACUUUAUUUCCAUCUUAAUGCGUUUGAGCCAAUCAGUUGUGUUGUGACAAGGUAGGGGGGUAUACAGAAGAUAGGCCUAUUUGGUAAAAGACCAAGUCCAUAUUAUGGCAAGAACAGCUGAAAAGCAAAGAGAAAUGACAGUCCAUCAUUACUUUAGGACAUGAAGGUCAGUCAAUCAGGAAAAUCUGAAGAACUUUGAAAGUUUCUUCAAGUGCAGUCUCAAAAACCAUCAAGCGCUAUGAUAAAACUGGCUCUCAUGAGGACCGCCACAGGAAAGGAAGACCCAGAGUUACAUCUGCUGCAGAGGAUAAAUUCAUUAGAGUUAACUGCACCUCAGAUUGCAGCCCAAAUAAAUGCUUCACAGAGUUCAAGUAACAGACACAUCUCAACAUCAACUGUUCAGAGGAGACCGCAUGAAUCAGGCCUUCAUCUUCGAAUUGCUGCAAAUAAACCACUACUAAAGGAAACCAAUAAGAAGAAGAGAGCUGCUUGGGCCAAGAAACAUGACUAAUGGACAUUAGACCAGUGGAAAUCUGUCCUUUGGUCUGAUGAGUCCAAAUUUGAGAUUUUUGGUUCCAACCGCCGUGUCUUUGUGAGACGCAGAGUAGGUGAACGGAUGAUCUCCACAUGUGUGGUUCCCACCGUGAAGCAUGGAGGAGGAGGUGUGAUGGUGUGGGGGUGCUUUGCUGGUGACACUGUCAGUGAUUUAUUUAGAAUUCAAGGCACAUUUAACCAGCAUGGCUACCACAGCAUUCUGAAGCGAUACGCCAUCCCAUCUGGUUUGCGCUUAGUGGGACUAUCAUUUGUUUUUCAACAGGACAGUGACCCAACACAACUACAGGCUGUGUAAGGGCUAUUUGACCAAGAGGGAGAGUGAUGGUGCUGCAUCAGAUGACCUGGCCUCCACAGUCACCCGACCUCAACCCAAUUGAGAUGGUUUGGGAUGAGAUGGACCGCAGAGUGAAGUAAAAGCAGCCAACAAGUGCUCAGCAUAUGUGAAAACUCCUUCAAGACUGUUGGAAAAGCAUUCCUCAUGAAGCUGAUUGAGAGAAUGCCAAUAGUGUGCAAAGCGGUCAAAAAGGCAAGGGGGGGGGGGGGGGGGGGGUGCGUGUGUGUGUGUAUGAAAAACCCUGCAGCAUUGCAGUUCUUGACACAAACCGGUGCACCUGGCACCUACUACCAUACCCCGUUCAAAGGCACUUUUGUCUUUUGUCUUGCCCAUUCACCCUCUGAAUGGCACAUACACAAUCCAUGUCUCAAUUGUCUCAAAGCUUAAAAAUCCUUCUUUAACCUGUCUCCUCCCCUUCAUCUACACAGAUUGAAGUGGAUUUAACAAGUGACAUCAAUAAGGGAUCAUAGCUUUCACCUAGAUUCACCUGGUCAGUCUAUGUCAUGGGAAGAGCGGUCCUUAAUGUUUUGUACACGUAGUGUAGAUGUUGAGGGUUUAUACCACAGAUUGUAUUAUAUUGGAUUGCACAUGUAAAGAGCUUGUAGCACUGUAGCGAACCACAACUAGUUGUCCAUGAAACAAGCAGUGUAACAUGAAAUGUUGUCUGAAGAUUGUCUGAGGAUGUUGAGAAGUACCGAAAGAUGAGGUUAACAGAGCAGCUCUGGGAAUUAGUCGGUCAAAAAUCUGACUUGACGGAUGUAGAGGCGGCUUAGUGGCCUUGAUUCUGUGAUUAAUUGGGUUUCUGGCCUUUUGGACUUCGGAAAAGAUUAAGACGGAAAGGUCCAAUUAUACACUGUCUGUCACUAAAUCAGGCCCUAGCCUGGACUCCUCUGGGCCAUUGAUGGAGACUGGGUCAGAUAAAUCAUGUCUCUAUGGUCAAAAGGCCUGCUUUUAGAUUUCGGUUAUUGAACCUAUUUAUCUAGGCAAUUCAGUUGCGAACAAAUUCUUACUCAUGAAAGUAGACUUUAGAAAGUUAGCAUAAUCUUUGUAUUCGGACUAGGCAAAACAACAUGGCCUUGUUUGACACAAAUAAAAAGUUGAGGCACAACAACAAAGCAACUUCCCCAACAGGUGCGAUGUUCUACCAUCCACCUUUGAGUCAACUCUGCCCUCCUGUGUCCAUAUACUGUUACUACAUCAAUCUGUCACACACCGAGGAUUACAUUUCCAAUGUUUACUUAGACAUGUUUACUUCAAAGCUUCCUGAAGGACAGAAACGGUCAGUGUCUGAACAUUUAGCUGAUGUCUGUGUUCCCUCCUAUCCCUCAUCCAUUAAUAUAAGAUGUAGACAUACAGAAACAAGACUGCCUCUCUCUGUACCAGGGGGAAGAGUCCAUUUGAUUUAUACCGUGUGGAUUUGUCUAAGAGAAUACUCAGGCCAAUACAAUCAAAGAGAUGGAGGGAAGUAGAGAUAGAACACGAUGAGAUAAAGAUGAAUGAACACUGCUUGUAACCAAGAGGAGGAAAAAGUCACUCUGAAGUUUAGAAAGUUGAUAGGGGUCAUUGUCAAUUCAUACAUGCAGGGCUCAGCAUUUUCUAACUAACUUGAGGUAACCAACUUGUCUAGAAGUCAAAUACCAACACUCACACAAAAAUAAUGUUAUGUUCAAUUUCACCUCGCCCAGUUUCUUAAAGCAUGGCACAACUUUCGUUGUGAUUCACCUUCUUGUUUGAUGUUCUUGUCUAUUUUCAUAAGUGUUUCAUGCAUAUCCACAGGGUUUCAGGCAUAUCCACAGGGUUUCAGGCAUAUCCACAGGGUUUCAGGCAUAUCCACAGGGUUUAAGGCAUAUCCACAGUGUUUCAUGCAUAUCCACAGGGUCCACAGGGUUUCAGGCACAUCCACAGUGAAUGCCUCUAUAUUGCAUGAUUCUCAUCGUCAUUUUAGUACUUUGUUUGCUUAUCUUUUCCGUUUGCAUGCUUCUUCUGUGAUGAAAGAAUGGUGGUGAGGAUCACUCCAUUGAUCCCAAAGAGCUGGCUGAGUCAUUGAGACGUAUUAAUGGUUUGAAAAACGACGAUACGCCCAUAUAUGGAUCUAUGGGCCACAUCUACAAUUCCUCUGACAGGGUAAAGAACAUUAGAACCCAGCUAUAAGAACCCCACACUCCAUCUGGUCAGAAGUUUGUGUGUUUGUGUUUCUUGUAGUUGUGUACUGUUCCCCUGCUGUUUGUCGGUGUCGGUGUACCCUCCAUAUUCAUAUUGAUUUUCACACCUAAGUAUGAGAACUAGGGGACAGCAUAGAAACAGAUGAAGACAUCAUAGAAAUAUAUACAGUUGAAGUCGGAAGUUCACAUACACCUUAGCCUAAUACAUUUAAACUCAGUUUUUCACAAUUCCUGACAUUUUAUCCUAGUAGAAAUUCCCUGUCUUAGGUCAGUUAGGAUCACCACUUUAUUUUAAGAAUGUGAAAUAUUUCUUUCAUCACAUUCCCAGUGGGUCAGAAGUUUACAUACACUCAAUUAGUAUUUGGUAGUAUUGCCUUUAAAUUGUUUAACUUGAGUCAAACGUUUCAGGUAGCCUUCCACAAGCUUCCCACAAUAAGUUGGGUGAAUUUUGGCCCAUUCCUCCUGACAGAGCUGGUGUAACUGAGUCAGGUUUGUAGGCCUCCUUGCUUGCACACGCUUUUUCAGUUCUGCCCACACAUUUUCUAUAGGAUUGAGGUCAGGGCUUUGUGAUGGCCACUCGAAUACCUUGACUUUGUUGUCCUUAAGCCAUUUUGCCACAACUUUGGAAGUAUGCUUGGGGUCAUUGUCCAUUUGGAAGACCCAUUUGCAACCAGGCUUUAACUUCCUGACUAAUGUCUUGAGAUGUUGCUUCAAUAUAUCCACAUAAUUUUCCUUCCUCAUGAUUCCAUCUAUUUUGUGAAGUGCACCAGUCCCUCCUGCAGCAAAACACCCCCACAGCAUGAUGCUGCCACCCCCGUGCUUCACGGUUGGGAUGGUGUUCUUCGGCUUGCAAGCCCCCGCUUUUUCCUCCAAACAUAACGAUGGUCAUUAUGGCCAAACAGUUCUAUUUUUGUUUAAUCAGACCAAAGGACAUUUCUCCAAAAAGUACAAUCUUUGUCCCCAUGUGCAGUUGCAAACGUAAGUCUGGCUUUUUUAUGGCAGUUUUGGAGCAGUGGCUUCUUCCUUGCUGAGCGGCCUUUCAGGUUAUGUUGAUAUAGGACUCAUUUUACUGUGGACAUAGAUACUUUUGUACUUGUUUCUUCCAGCAUCUUCACAAGGUCCUUUGCUGUUGUUCUGGGAUUCAUUUGCACUUUUCAUACCAAAGUACUUUCAUCUCUAGGAGACAGAACGCAUCUCCUUCUUGAGCAGUAUGACAACUGCGUGGUCCCAUGGUGUUUAUACUUGCGUACUAUUGUUUGUACAGAUGAACGUGGUACCUUCAGGCGUUUGGAAAUUGCUCCCAAGGAUGAACCAGACUUGUUGAGGUCUACAAUUUUUUGGCUGAUUUCUUUUGAUUUUCCCAUUAUGUCAAGCAAAGAGGCAUUGAGUUUGAAGGUAGGCCUUGAAAUACAUCCACAGGUACACCUACAAUUGACUCAAAUGAUGUCAAUUAGCCUAUCAGAAGCUUCUAAAGCCAUGACGUCAUUUUCUGGAAUUUUCCAAGCUGUUUGAAGGCACAGUCAACUUAGUGUAUGUAAACUUCUGACCCACUGGAAUUGUGAUACAGUGAAUUAUAAGUGAAAUAAUCUGUCUGUAAACAAUUGUUGGAAAAAUGACUUGUGUCAUUCACAAAGUAGAUGUCCUAACCGACUUGCCAAAACUAUAGUUUGUUAACAAGAAAUUUGUGGAGUGGUUGAAAAAUGAGUUUUAAUUACUCCAACCUAAAUAUAUGUAAACUUCCGACUUCAACUGUAUAUAUAUAUAUAUAUAUAUAUAUAUAUAUAUAUAUAUAUAUAUAUAUAUUUUUUUUUUUUUUUUUUUACAGUAUUUCAUCAAAGAGAAUGUGUUGUAAAAAAGUACUAUUUUUUGGCAAUUCAAUAUUCCCAGGAGUCAGACAAACUUGUGGAUACCAUUUUUAUAUCUCUGCGUCCAGUAUGAAGGAAGUCAAGAUAAAGGGCUUCAUUGCCGAAUUCCCGAAGUAUCCCUUUAAGCAUAAUGUGACUCAUAAUGCUGGUGUAGUGACUCAUUGACUCUGUGACUUUCUUCAUUACACCAAUGGCAUUUCAUUAUUCUUCAUUAUUUAUUUAACGUCAUAAUGGCCUGUUGUCAUCUUGUCACACACACACACUCCCUGUUUUCACUCCCUGUUUUCACUCCCGGUUUUCACUCUCUGUUCCUUGUUCCUUUCAGUUGGUGUUGCUGUUUGCUUUUAUUUCCCUAUCCAUUUCUGUAGAAAUUGCAUUUCAGCCUGGAAACAAGGAAAAUAUCAAAACAUUUCCUGAUUUCCUAUUCCUCCCUCUCAUGUCAACAUAUAAUUUGUUGUUCAUUGUGAAUUCGCUCAUGGAAAAAUUAUUGCUCAAGUUUCACCACGUAUUGAUUCUGUUUUCAUUCCAUUUAAAUAAUUUCCAUAUUGGGCAUGUCAAACAAAACUCUCACAUGCAGGGCUUUGUUUGUGCGUAUACCAAAUGUAAUACCCCUUCAUUCAUAUGUCAAUUGCUUUUUAAAGAGAAUUUCCCGUUCUGAUCCCUUUUUUCGACCCUAGUUUUGACAUUUGAAGGAAAAGGCCAGGGGGACUCUUGAGUGGUGACAACUUGAAAGGGUAAAGGGUACAGGAAUGAGUAGAUUUAAAAGAGAGGGAGAAAGGAGUGUGUCCUAGGAUAACACCAGAGGCAUUAUGGGUUAUAAAAACAAUAGACUAGAGGUUUUAAACAAGGUCUCAUGUCGCACAAAUCACUCCAUGUUCAUGUUGCACUUUGAUAGAUUUAUUGAGUUAGGGAGAAUAGGCAUUGACUCAACAUGAAGUCAAAGGCUGAAGUCAAGUUAAGUUGAAGUCAAGUUUAGUUGAAGUCAAGUUUAUUUGGAGUGUUAGCAGGAGGGUCACUGAAGUGUACUUGGCUGGGAGACCUAGUCAGCCUGUCAUAUUGCUGCUGCUGCUAUGGCAACCGAUCCCCCAUGGUUAAGAGAGGAAGAGGGAGAGGAAGAGGGAGAGCAAGAUGGAUGGAGGGAGAGGGAGGACAUUUCAGUAACAGCAUAUUAAACUGUGUCCCUUUCUGGAGCACCUCAAGGCCAUCCAUCGGGGGAGCGUCCGUUCCCAUUUGGUGAGAUCAUUCAUCCUUGACCUCUGACCCCUAUCUAACUAACGCCUGCCUUUCCUGUUCGUAGGACGACGACGUGAGGGAGAGCCGCCUCAGCUUCACCGCCACGGCCGGCGGUGGCAGCACGGCGGUCAAGGACGGCACCAUCCCCAAGGCCACCAACAACGCCGCCACCACCCCGGGCGCCGCAGGGCCGCAGACCGCCCAGCAGCCCAAGAAGGACCCGGCCGUCAAGAGCCACGAGGAGAUGAGAAAGCUGUUCAUCGACCGCGCCAAGAAGAUCGACACGGUGUCGCGGGCGGGUUUCCCCCUGGCCUUCCUGUUUUUUAACAUUUUCUACUGGGUCCUGUACAAGAUUCUCCGGGCCGAGGACGUGCACAAGGACUAG